AUGGCAAAUCAUCCGCCAUUCACAGUAACCGUAGGAGUUUUAGCUCUCCAAGGUGCUUUCAAUGAACAUAUUCAACUCCUCCGUGCAGCCCGUCAAAUUCUCGCCACCAAAACCAAAACCACACAUGAUCUCGAUGUAAAAUACAACUUCAUAGAAGUAAGAAAUGAAAUCGAGCUUAAUUCAUGUGAUGCACUUAUUAUACCUGGUGGAGAAAGUACCGCCAUUUCACUUGUUGCUCAAAGAUCAGGUCUUCUUGAACCUUUGAGAGAUUUCGUUAAACUUCAUCGCUAUCCUACUUGGGGAACUUGUGCUGGUCUAAUCCUUCUCUCUGAAUCCGCCAACCGUACCAAAGCAGGAGGCCAAGAAUUAAUCGGAGGUCUCGAUGUUCGAGUCAACCGUAAUCACUUUGGUCGACAAGUAGAAUCUUUCUCGGCUGAUUUAGAUCUACCAUUUCUUUCCUCUGUCACCCUAAGCCCUUCUUCCCCUUCAUCAGAAAAGGAACCCAAGGAGAAAACCGCCCCUUUCCAAGCAAUAUUCAUCCGAGCCCCGGUCGUGGAAAAACUCCUCCCCCACCUCCCCGGACCUCAAAUCUCUGAAUCUAAACUGGAAUCCACAGUCAUCGCACCCUCUCGACCUAUCGACAAAAACAACAUCCCCAAUCCCGACUCUAUCCUCUCUGCACCAGUAGAAAUCCUCGCUACCCUCCCCGGCCGCACUGCAUCAAUCCCCGACCCUCAAAUCCAAGAAAAGCUUAACAGUGAAGCCGGUGAUAUAGUAGCUGUCCGUCAAGCAAAUGUAUUUGGAACUUCUUUUCAUCCAGAGUUAACGGGCGAUGCGAGGAUUCAUGCGUGGUGGUUAGAGCAAGUCAUUGAGGAUGUGGUUAAGAGACGAGAGUUAAAAUCAUCAUCAUGA